GUAUUUGUUCAAACAUCCACACAAAACUCAUUUUUCUCCUACAAUUCUUUCAAAACCAUUUCUUCCCAUUUACAAUUCUUCCAAUCUCUAUCAUGUGUCUCACAUUCUUCCAAGGAUGGGAGAUGGUCCUCUUCUUGACCAACAAAAGAUAGGAACACACAACUACCUCACUGGCCACCAAUGAAUUAGCAAUAAUGCUAUCCUUGCUAAACACGCCAAAGUUGUAUACUAGUUUUGACUUUUGAGAUUUUUAGUUGAAACUUGAGGUUGAAGUUAUCAAAUUGUUCAGUUUGAUAUCAUUUCUCAUCUGAUCCUCGUUUUGGCUUAACUGGUUUUCCUUGCCCCUAGAUAUGGAUGCCGCUGUAGGCAUCAUUUUGUCCCCGGCUCUGCAGGUUCUUUUCGACAGACUGGCAUCCCCAGUCCUACAAGGGCUUGCUGAUAUCCUGGGUUUCAAUUUUGACAUCUUCCAAAGCCUGCAGCAUGCACUGGUGCGGGCUCAAGCUACUCUUGAAGAUGCAGAAGUGCAACAAUUCACCAACAAAACUGUCAGACUCUGGCUGGUGGAUCUCAAGAAUGCAGUUUGUGAUGCUGAGGAUCUUCUCGACGUCUUUACUGUUAAACAAACUGCCAUGAUUGACCAAGACUUUGGUAAGCAGACAGUAGAAAGCUAUACAUUUCUUACUGAUAAAGUCAGGAACAUACUCCAGAAGCUAGAAGUAACUGUAGCUGAAGGAUCUUCUAAGUUGAAGAUUAGAGAGCCUACUCAGCCAAGGUCAGAUCGACAAUCGGACAAAAGGGAGACUAGCUCUUUCAUCGACUUGAGGAUAUAUGGAAGAGAUGAUGACAAAGAGACGUUAGUCCAACUGUUGAUGUCUUCUCAAACUGUUUACCAGGAUGGAUAUACGUAUGCAUCGUGUAUUCCCAUCAUCGGUAUUGGAGGAAUUGCCAUGAUCGAUGGUGAUGCACACAAAAAUAUAGAAGAAAAACAAGGCGAGGAAUGUAUACAUAGAGUUACUGGAAUACUAGAAUUGAGCGGCACCAGAGGGCUGGCUUACCACUUUAUCUGCCCAAGGUGUGUUUGCAAGCAUUUCAGGAGAGUCAACAAGGCCAGUCAAGCGGUGGAAUUAAUGGUGUGGACAGAGUGCAGCAUGAUUCUAUGCUUUCCUAGUCGAUCAUGGUGUUUUCUAAGGCUCUAAUCAAUAACAUGGACACUUUUCUCUUUUUUUAUUUAUCUAUUUUAUUGUUGAUAAGAAACAAUUGUAUUAGAGAAGAACAAACACAAAUAGGACAGAUUUUGGAUCCUCUUCUCUACCAAUUAGUAAAAAAAGGGGACCCAA